AUGUCAGAGCUUGAUCAAGCCAAAGUAAUUGAUGCCCUCUCUGGUAUAUGUGGAGUCGCGUCCAUCUCUGUUGGAGUUCUACAUCAUGGAAAGCAAAUCCACGAGUAUAGCACCGGCUUGCGCGAUGUUGAAGAAGGGCUGCUAGCAGAUUCAAAAACAAGCUAUCUUCUCGCAUCAUGCUCCAAAGGAUUCUUGUCUACAGCAAUAGGCAUCCUUGUAGAUGAGGGCAAAUUAUCAUUCGAUGACCUAAUCAGCAAACACAUACCGGAUUUCAAGCCUGUUGGCGACCCUCGUAUUGGAUCUGAGGCAACCAUACGAUCAGCACUUUCGCACACUGUUGGCCUCAGUAGACCACAGAUCUUCUUUCUCGGUCCCAAUUGCUCAAUAGUCUCAAAGGAGGAUGACUAUGUCGAGUUUCUAAACCAUAUAUCUACGGAGAACGACAAGACCGGUCAACGCUUCGACACUUGGUGGGAAUACAAUAACCUUCCUUAUGGGUUAAUCAGCCUGGUCGUACAGAAGGUCACUGGCCAGAGAUACUCGGAAUUUCUCAGGAAACGCAUAAUUGAACCUUUGAACCUGAAAAAUACCGUCGUUUCUUCAGCUGAGUUUGACUCUUCCUCCAACAGAGCUCACGGCUAUGCCAAGCUUGACAGUGGGGAGUACAAAAAGCUAAAGUCAGGGGAUACAUAUACUCGCGAUGAUCAUUCCCCUCUUCUAGGUGCCAUUGGUGUGCAGAGUUCCAUCGUUGAUUUACUCAAUUUCUCAGCUGCGAUGAUGGAUGCGUACAUUUCAGAGAAGGAUGGAUCAAGUUCUCAGAAAGAAUCUACCAAUCCCCUAAGACAGAUGCAAGAGGUAUGGGGCCCUCAAUGGACCCGACCGACGGAAGAUGGGUUUGACAACGAACUGGCAUACUGCAUGGGGUGGUAUUCUGGAUACAUGCCAACGGCUGGUCUUGGUUAUAUGGGAACGAACCACGAAGUCAAAAAGAAAGACCAAAAGGCCUUCAACAGAAAAUACAUCCUAGGACGCGAAUCUCCUCGUCGGUUCUUUAUAGGGCACCAGGGCAAUGCUAAUGGUUACUCUUCGGCUAUGUAUCUCUUUCCAGGGACGAAAAGCGCGGUUGUUGCUCUCACUAACGGCGGAAAUUUAGGCGAUGCUGCCGACUUUGCUGCCAAGGUUAUGAUUCAAGCCCUUUUUGAUGCUAAACCUUCCAUUGACUAUCUUGAGCUGGCACAAGAGGAGGCGGAUCUUCAUAGGCAAUGGCACAUGCAAUUGUUGGUUGACUGGCUAGCUCAUUCGGACGUCAUGCAAAAAGAGGCUGAGCUACACGAGUACGUUGGAAAUUAUCUUUGGAGCAAUGUUACAGUCAACAUCUUCAUAUGUGAAGAAAAGAAUCGUCUAGCCCUCACUAUUAACGGCAAUCAGGACUCAAGGUGCAAUCUAGAGUUCUAUGCAAAAGAUGUAUAUAGCUUCACGCCUAGGACAAGGGACGAGUGGCUAUACAAGGGCAUGAUGGAUUGGGAACAUUACUUCGUAGGAAACGUACAUUUUAGGCGCGGUCCCACCGGUGUCGUCAAUGGCCUGGAUUGGAAGUAUGAACCGGACGAAAAGCCAGCAGAAUUUGAAAGACAGCAGAGGAAGGAGAAAGAGCAGGAAUCAACACUGCCAGAUGCGCCAGUCGUCGUCAAGGAUAUGAAGCAGAAUGGUUGGAGGCCUUGGCCUUUUCGGUGA